AGUUUAAUGAAAGAGGACGCCAUAACUGACUUAAUUCAGAGUCACAAGUUAAAUCAUGGACCCCCGUACCAGCGCCCAGGACGUAAUGCGAUGUGACCUGUGCGAGACCGCUGUGGUACAGAUGUACUGUGAUACAUGUCUUGUCAACCUGUGCAAGGCGUGUGUUGGAGAACACUUCUCUGCUGAUCUCUCAACACCUCAUAAAAUUGUUGACUUCAAGAACAGAAAAUCCACUCUGAUCUACCCUGGAUGUAAAUCUCAUAAAAAAGAACAAUGUACAAUGUACUGUAAUCAAUGUGACAUUCCUAUAUGCACUAAGUGUAUUGCAUCUGAUCAACAUCUAGGUCAUAAAGUAUCAGAAAUCUUGCAAGUUGUGGAUGAAAAAAAAGAAAAGAUUAUCAAAAAACAAACUGAACUAAAUGACACAAUUUAUCCAACCUAUCAGGACAUUGCCUCUGAUGUACAAGACAGAAUGAGUCAGUUAGAAAAGGAAUAUGGAGAUCUCUCAACAGCCAUAACAAAACAUGGAGAAAACUGGCACAGAGAAAUUGAUACACUUGUCAAGAAACUUAAAACUGAAGUUGAUGAGAUGAAAAACAUACAGUUACAAACUCUACAGAAACAUCUGGAUGAAAUAAACAAGACAAUUUCUGACAUCAAGGAUGAAAUCAGUUCAGUUCAUGUUCCUGAGGGUUCUGAAAACAUUUCAAAACUGUUUAGUAUUACCAUCAAUGUAGAUAGAUAUAGAAAUCUUCCACAAAAAAUUCUGCCACCUUUGCCUGAAUUCACUCCAGGCAGAAUUACUGGAGGAGAACUUGGUAAAAUAUUUGGAAGUUUAUCACCAAAUUCUCUUACAUCAGAUAAACAUGACUACAUCAUGAAGACAACACAGAAAUCACCAGAAGCUGGAUCUUCUCCUCCAGUCAAACAACUGCUUGAUGAACCAGCGACUGUCACCAACAUACACACUGAGUUUGGAGAAGUUUGCGAUGUGGCCUGUCUGAGUGAUGAAGAAAUCUGGACAAGAGGAGAUAACAGCACCAUGAAACUCUACAGUAUCAGUCGUAGAUCACUACUCAAGUCAAUCAGGGCCAAGUCAGGGGUCGCACCUUCUGACAUAGCAGUGACAAAAAGUGGAGAUCUAGUUUAUACGGAUUACAGUGAUAGAACUGUGAACUUUGUAAAGAAUUCAAAUGAGAGGAUAGAGGAGGUGUUUACACUAAAGGACUGGAGACCUUACAAUGUCUGUAGUACCUCCUCUGGUGACCUCCUGGUUGUCAUGGUGAGCAAUGAUGUCAAACAAACAAAAGUUGUCCGUUACUCUGGCUCUACAGAGAAACAAACCAUUCAGUUUGAUGAAAAUGGUAAACCUCUCUAUUCAUCUUUUCCUUCCUAUUUCCAAGUGGCAUACAAUCCUGGAGCUUUUCACACAAAUUUUACUGAGAACAGGAACCUAGAUAUUUGUGUCUCUGACAAUAGAGCUAAAGCAGUAGUGGUGGUCAAUCAGGCCGGGAAACUGAGAUUCAGGUACACUGGACAUACUGCUCCGUCCUUCUGUCCACGAGGAAUCACCACAGACAGUCAGGGUCAUAUCCUUAUAGCUGAUGAUAACAAUGACUGUGUCCACAUCAUAGACCAGGAUGGACAGUUCCUCCGUUUCAUACACUGUGAACUGAGUGAUCCCCUGGGACUGUGUACAGAUAAAAAUGACAAUCUGUUUGUUGCUCAAAAUCGAAAUGGAAAAGUGAUGAAAAUCAAAUAUCUGCAAUGA